AUGUUUUCUUCCUCUCACCAGCGUACUGCCACCGGAGAGGCACAGGUCGCCGAGCAGCGCCGCAGACGGCGCAAGCACCGCAGCACGGCGCCGCAGCGGCAGCAGCAGCAGCACGAGGAGGAGCAGCAGCAGAAGCAGCAUGAGCAGCUCGACGACCCGCUGGGCUUUCUGACGCGCAUCACCGUACGCGCCGCGCCGCCCGCCGACGGCAAGCGCUGCGCGUCGCUCGACGGGCCGCCCACAGAUGAGUCCUCUGGCGACGAGGCCGGCGCCGCCGGGCCGCGGUCGCCCAAGGCGGUGCAGCCGCUGGCGUACGCGGCGGUUGGGGCGCUCACUGCAUACUAUGGCAUCAAGGGCAUACUCGGGGGCUACCAGCAGCUGCGCCGCCGCAACCUCCGGGCCCUCAUCCGCACCGUGUCGCCCGUCCUCGGGUCCCUCGGCGCGACCUACUGGCUCGACUUCGGCUCCCUCCUCGGCGCCCACCGCGAGGGUGACGUCAUCGCCCACGACAACGACGCCGAUGUCGUCGUGCUCAACCCCGACUGGGACGAACUGCUCGUGGCGCUGCGCGCGGCCCUGCCGCAGUACCGCGUGUUUUUCGUGGUCCCCAGCGAGGACCGCAGCAUACGCUGGAUCCGGCUGCUGAACGGCGUGGGGGUGAUGGACGUGUACGGCGCGUUCGACGGCGGCGCGGCGGCGCCGGGCAUGGUGGGCGGCCCUUCCUGA